UAUAUUAUUGGACGCAACAGGAUGUGUAUACUACACUGAGCUUCUUAUGCAUGCGGUACUUAAAGGAACUGAAAAUCUAAACUGUAACCAAGCUAUAACCAAGUCUGUAGCUCGCAACACAAUCACUGAUCGCACAUAAAGCUAGCUGGGGUACGCAGCAAGCUCGUGGGAAAAUGUCUCGUAGGAAUGUGAGAGGUGGAAAUCGCAAUAUGUUGAGCUGAGAUAAUAAAUUGAACACACAUGUGGUAAUUUCCAUAGCGAGAUAGCGUCCAUUGCCCCACCCAACGGAGGGGCUCCCCGGACACCAGACAGGCUGUUCCUGGCGAGGGAAUGGUUGGACCCGAGUCAUUCAGCUGCUCUGCUAUGGCGUGUGAACAUAUCCAAGUUUCUCAUUCGUGAUAAACCCAAAACUCGCGUGUGCCGGCGUGUGCUUUAAAAGGAGCAGCCACUGAGAGGGUCAAAGAUUGGAUCAUGUCUGACCAAGAUACGGGCAAGGAGACAUCAUCAUCAUCAUCAUCGUCGUCCCCAGCAACACCUCCAUCCGCAUCACCGCCUCCGUCCUCCUAUUUCGUAGGGAAGAAGGAUGACAUUAUCAAGGCCAGGCGGGUGACAAAGUUUGUGAACGGGAGGGACAUUCUGGUUGUCUACCACCAGGGGGUGUUCCACGCCAUGGACAUGCGCUGUUACCACUCCGGAGGCCCACUGGAAAACGGGGACAUUGAGGAAUUCAACGGCAGGCUCUGCAUCGUUUGUCCCUGGCACAAGUACAAAAUCACACUGGCAGAAGGGGAGUCGCUGUACCAAGCCGUGGACCCGGCACAGAGGCCGCCCAAACCCCAGUGGCUCUCCAAAGGGGUGAAGCAGAGGAUCCACACAGUGAGCGAGGUCAACGGAGACAUUUUUGUAACGUUCAACAGCAUACCGGGCUCCAUCGAGUCCGACUUCUACCAGACUGAGAAAUUCAGAGCAACCCUCGGGAAAGCGGACAAGAAGACAAAGAAAUAA